GUUAUCGUGUAUCACUUCCUAUUCCUUCCCAUUCCGGGCCGGCAUUUACACGGCAGUUGCUGCCAUCACAGUCCCCGACGAAGACGCCGGGGCAGUCAACGCCGGCGACUCCCGCAGCGAUGACAAUGACGCCCUCUCGGAAGAGUUGUACGGAGGCAGCGCCAAGGGCGCGCCGCCAUCUAUCGCGUUCAUGUACGACGCCACAGAGCAGUACGACGGUUGCACCGGCUCGUACCCCUCCGGCACGUUGCUGCUGCCGGGCAGCGCCAGUCGGAGGGGACCCAACCGCCAGUCCUUGCGCAACAAUACAUCGUUGUGCUCCGGCAGUGGCGCAGGCGGCGGCUUUGGCGGGGCGGCGGCGGCGGCGGGCGCGGCGGGCAAUGCCUUUUUGGAUAGCGUACUGUCCGACCCGGCUCAUCGAACUGUGUCGAACUUAGCUGCAGGCGUGGACGCGGUGCUAGGCCUUAUGGGCCGGUUGGAGCAGCAGGUUCACCACCGAGUGUCAGGCCAGUUGUCCAAAUUGGUUUCGGAGGGUCGGCGCCGCGUGGAGGAGUUGCGGCAGAUGCUGGCGGGUCCUGCGGGAAUGGCGCAAUCGCCCCAGCAGCAGCAGCAGCAGCUUCUGGUGCUCGCCAACGACUCGGUGCAGCAGCAGACAACAAUACAGAAACAACCGCAGGCGGGGCAGCAGACGACGCAGAUGAUGGCGUCUGCCGGGCAGCAGUCUUCGACCUCGGCGUCGUCGCGCAGUGGUGUCAGCGGUGGUGGUGGUGGUGGAGGUGGAGGGGGGGGGUCGGCACGGGCAGGGCAGAAGGCACAAGCGUGGCCGGUGCUCCGAGACCAGGCGUUCGAGAACGAGCUUGCGGGCACCAAGGUCGACGUGGAGCGCGUCCUGGCGGACAUCCAAGUGUUCGUCUCCCGCCAAAACAUGCUGCUGGACAGCCACCGGCGACAGUCGGAGCAGUCCCGAUUGGAGCGUGGGGUGCUGGCGGCGUUUUGGAACGCGCCCGAACAGCUGCUGUGUGACGUGCAGGCACUGCGGGACAGGCUCGCAGCGCUGCUUAAUUCCCAAUAA